AUGCCACCACCGCACAGCUCUAUAAGCGGUAUCAAAAAGCCAAGCAAAGGGAAGCCGAGAGAUUCAGGUCUUGAACAGAUCGAACUAGCAGUAAAUGAAGGAAAAUUACACCCCGCAAAGGCUGCAAUGGCUGUAGAUCAAGCAGUUUUGUCUGAUGCUAGCAGCCGACAUGAACAACACGACGACGUUGGGCACGAAGGUCAGAGCAGUUCCCAUGCUGGUGAACAGUCAUCCUCCACAGCGCACAAGGCCCCUGCCGCAGCCACUAUAAAAGCAGGAGACGACAGUGAUACCGAUAUGAGCGAAGUGGACUCACACUCGGGAGCUACUGCCGAGACAUCUUUGAGGGGGGUGUCUCGUGAUGGAGUUGGGACUACCUCAUAUAGCCAAAGAGACGACACUUUGCAGAACCACGAUGAUGCGGCCUCUGAAGACGGUGAAAGUCUCGGCCGCUUGGAUCCACUGCCGGGCCCUUCAUCUGGUCAGCCAUCCAACAGCAACAGCACCCCAGUCCACGACGAUCUUAUUGAUGGAUGGGGAACUUUCCGCGGGUCGACGUUUGUGAUUAUCCGAUCUGGACCACGUCAAUCGGCCAUGUAUAGAUUUGAAUAUCGUCCCAAUUACGAAAAUGAGGAAAUGCGCAAUAUCUCAGAUGAAGAAUCUCGCAUUUCGUCACUGAGAGACAAGGAUAGCUCCGGCAAGAAACACUGGCGGUAUUCGCGCGAUAACGUCGAGGACAUAUAUGGGGUGACCUCCGAAGUGCGCAAUCCGUACAAAGAGUACAAGAACCCUCCCUGUGUUUGGGUGAAGAUCAAGUGGAAAGGAAUGAUCGAUGGGGACCAGGGGAAGGUGGUUCGCGGCUGCUCUUGGAUUCCCCGAUCAGAGUUCACCCGGUUCUGUGGCGGCAAGCGCGCAACUAUGGUCAAAAUACACGAGUUUUGGGAUAAGCAGGAAAAACGUUAUCAAAAGUUUCUGGAGAAUGCCGAUGGUGGGGCAUAUGAAGACCGUUCUCCAACUCCUUGUCCACUGGGGCUUUCGUCGAAUAGUUCCCACACUCGGCGAUCCACCUCACGGCUCCAAACACCGGAGAAUCGCCCCGAAGAUCCCGGCCAGCAUCAAACUCGGACACCAUCGCGCCAGAGUGUCCCUCGAAGUUCCCAGGUCAAUCAGACGGAUUCUCACGGGUCCAGCAACUACGAGGGUCUUUCCCCAUCCAGAGAGACCACUGCUGCUCCGAGUUCCCAUGUCCAAAAAGUAACAAACGAACCCGGCGCCGAGUCCCAGGAAAGUCGUUUUGUACAGACAUGGGAAGAGUUUGUGACAGAAAUGGCACGGGAAGAGAAUUGGCAGGAACUAGAUGAGAACGAUAGAAUGACAAAAAGGGCCAUGGCGAAGGGUUCAUAUCAUGUCUACUGUGAGACAGUUGCAAGAACCAGAAAAGCGUCUCCGACCGAGCGUGCCCCCGUGACGGGAGCCCCGCAAAUCCCUGUGCAUUGA